AUGGCUACAAAUCAACAAACCAGCUUCGAAAGGUCUCUGGACCUCUUUCGGCGAGAGCUUUCUGACGACCAGAUCAAGAGAGUCAAUGGAGUCAACCAGAAGACUGUUACAGAUACUAUCCAAGAAAUUCAGGGCAAAUUAGGGCGCAGGGAUGGCCUUUGCAAAUUGACCCGAAUCCAGAGAUUUCUUCAAGCUAUGGAACACAUCGAGAAGCUAGUCACAAUAUUCCUCAACGCCAGUGACUUCGUGGCUUUCAUUUGGGGUCCGAUCAAGCUGGCUCUUAUGGUCGCCACUACUUGGACAGAAGCUAUCAGGCAACUGAUCGACGCUUACGAAGAAAUUGCAGACGCGCUAGGUAAUCUUGCCUUCUUCCACAACCUCAUUCAGAGUAGAGAUCACUUGAAGUUGGUCUUGGACGAUUAUUUCUCCGAUAUCCUUCGAUUCCAUCGAUGCGUCCUUGAUGUCUUUUCUCGUCCAGAAUGGAAAAGACUGUUUAAAUGGGCUUGGGGAAGUUUUCGGCGCGAAGUUAAGCCAAUUCUCGAAAGUCUCAAACGCAAACAGGCUCUGUUAUCAGAUGACAAGCUGCAAUCCCACGCUAUCCUCAAGGAAGUCCAAGACUCCGAUCAGUACGCUAAGGAUCAGUUCAGUAACCUCCAGACAAGUCUCGAUGAUAUAAGGUCUACUUUGGCUUCUGAGCAGUUGCAAAGCAAGGCUUUACAAUCUCGGGAAAUGAAGACCUACUUGGAGAGUCGACUGGACGUUUCAACGUCUCGAACUGAUCUUCAGCUAGAAUCACAGGAUACUGUCGAUGAAAAUUCUGGCAUUUGGAUCUUUUCCAAUCCAAUUUUCAACGGUUGGGAAGGAGGAAAAUCUGCAGAGAAAAGGGUCUUGUUCCUCAAUGGCUCCCCCGGUUCCGGCAAGUCCACGUUAGCCAAGACCAUCAUUCGUCAUCAAAGGCAGAAAGAAGCGUCUGAAGCUCCCGGGCGAUCUUUCCUAGCUUAUUUCUUCUUCAAACACAAUGUAGCGGACCAGAGAACGGCUCGGUCUAUGCUCCGACAUGUCAUCAUGCAACUCGUCGAUGCAGAUGAAACUACAUUGAGGUUCGCACAUGAAAGAUUAUCCACGAAAGAAGUCACCGAACUUGCCGAUCUCAAGGAACUGGCAAGUGAAUGCUUUACAUCUCGGCCGAAUGCAACGCUUGUUCUUGACGGACUGGAUGAAGCGAUGGGCAACGAGCAAGAAAUCUCUAUCAAGUGGUGUCUGGAUAAGCUUGUUCCAGCCGCAAGAUCCAGUGGCUGUCACCUUAAAAUACUGAUUUGCGGGCAGAGAGACGGAAGACUCGACUGUAUACUAUCGUCUCAUCCUCAGAUCCGACUAGACCUAGUAGAUGCUCACCAAAAAGACAUUGAGCAGUUCACGAAAGAGCAAGCCGCGAAAAUACGGACUAGGUUUCGAUUAGCAGCACAGGAAGAAGAGAGCCUAGUCUCCAAAAUAGCGGGCGCAUCACGAGGGAUGUUUCUAUAUGCAAGAGUGGUCCUUGAUAAUCUUGCAGCUAUGGACUCAAAACGAGACUUUAAAGACGAACUGGAAAGCGAUGCUUUCCCGAAAGAUCUUGAUCAAGCUUAUGAUCGUAUCACUCAACGUGUUCUGCAAAACAAUCGGCCCUCACGCGACACGAGCGUAAAGAGGAUCCUGGGCUGGAUUAUUUGUGCAGCAAGGCCCCUUCGAUGGCGCGAAAUACAGUCCAGAUUCUGCAUCGACGCAGAACAGCAGAUUUGUGAUAUUGAUAACCUUCGUCUAGACAGCUGCAAACAGAUUUGCAGCUCUUUUGUUGACGUGACGGAUUGCGAGUUGUUCCCACGCAUUGAAUCCGAACAGGUUGUCACCAUGGUUCACGAAACAGCAACCAAAUAUCUCAUUCGCAACAGGACGAUCAAUCUGCUACAGGAGCAUAUCGACAUGGCUCUCUUUUGUUGUCAGUAUUUAUCAUCUCGACCUUUUACUACAAGUAAGAGCCAAGAUAUCAGUGCCGACAUUCAUUCAGGCUAUUUUGGGUUCUUGGACUACGCCGCUGCUCACUAUGCCGCCCACGUACAUGAGGUUGAGGCUCCAGAGGUUUCCACGGAUUCAGCACCUGGACUUAAGUCUGUCAAAGCAGUAGCAGUUGAUUUGGCAAAAGUACAUGGCAAAGAGGCCUCAGUCGAGACAGGAGAAAUCGCGAAGGCAGCUGAAAACCUGCACCUUGCCAUUCAAGAUAAUGUGCUCGUUGUGCGAAACCUAAUCAGUCUACAAAGAGAGAAGUCUGAAACCGAUGUUUUUGGCGCAACUGAGGGGCCAAUCAGACACAAGUGUCACAAGAUUCAAUGCUCCAAGUUUUCCACGGGGUGUCCGAACGAAGCCGCACUUAAGGAGCACUUAGCAGUGCAUGAGAGACCAUUCCGAUGCCCACAUUCUGAUUGCUUUGGGCAUGGAAUCGGCUAUCCUUCGUCCGAGCGAUUGGAAAGUCAUAAUGAGGCAUUUCACCAAAGCGAGUCCAGGGUCAAGAUAGCUUUUCCAUCUGACCUUCAGACUGGCGAAUGGAACAUUCACGAAGCUUGCAAAGCAGGUAACCUUGACGAAGUUAAGAGGUUUCAUUGUGAGGGAUCUGAUCUCAAGCGCGUUCUUCCAAAGAUUGGCUCGCCUUUGUGCGCUGCUGUCGAGGCUGGACAUGGUGGUAUCUGCCAGUACCUCGUUGACAAUGGAGUUGAUCCUUUCCGUUGGGGAUCUAAUACCGUUGCAAUGAAGACGCCAGUCGUUGCGGCAAUAUAUCGACAGCGCUGGGAGAUCUUGGACUUCUUUCUGUGUAGCGGGAACGGCCCAGACGAUUCCGAGCUGUUGAAGGGUAUUGUCCGGGCGAUACACGCGAAUCAACCAGUUGCAUUGAACAUGUUUCUGACACUAAGACAGCCCGAAUACCAUACAGCCGUGAUGAAGCUGGUUCCAAUGGAAAUCGUAUCCCAGACAGACCAGAGAUUAGGACAGGGAGACUCUCACUCAGCAGACGCCACUCUAUUACAUACCUGGUUCCAAUAUGUCAAGCCAGAGUUUUACAAUGAGAAAGGGAUAUUCGUUGCACGGCCCGACUGUGAAGAAUACAAGAUCUGGGGAGAUCUAUUUUUUCGACAACAUAAUUUGUUCCGCAAGGCGCUUCGUUUCAAAUGCUUCUCUCUUGCCACAUUUCUUAUGGAUAUCGGAAAUGAUGAGUAUCUACAACUUGAAUAUGAGGAUGGGGACACAGCAUUACAUUUCUGCAUAAACAUAAUAUGCAAAGAGGACUGCAGUAAUUGUUUAUCCAUGGUUAGGCGCAUUCUUCAAUACGACGCUAAAUCUGCCAAUAUUACAAACCACCUAAACAGGCUACCGGCGCAUACAGCAGUUAGGCGUACUAAAUCGCAAGCUAUUUUGCGAGCUGUUCUUAAAAAUACCGGAGAUCUCAACCACAGGGACAGCUCAGGGGACAGUCUAUUGCAUGUAGCAUCAUUUGCUGUCUCGGUUCGCAUGCUACUGGAUAAUAAGUCUGUGGAUCUCUUCAGCCGAAACAAGAAAGGACAAACCGCAUUUUCAGCAUGUUCCUAUCAUAUUCUUUAUGCCGAAGCCGAGGUAGAGGUUCUCGACCCUCUUUUCAAAGCAGACCCAAGACUUGCAUGGACACCAGACAAAUCCGAGGAGGGACUCACGCCGCUCGAUUACGCAUUACGAUGGAUACCAGACUAUUAUGUUAGCUCUCGCUUUGGACGAAAGGCAACCAGACUAGUCAAGUUUUUACUUACAUGUUCCGAAGUGAAACGAGUGCUGGUAGAGUAUCAAGCCAAUUCAACUGAUGCCGAUCGGAGAAAUGUGCGAGAAUUUGCAGAGAAGGAAAUGUUACAGGAGGCACUGGAAAUAAUGGAUUCGAUUGGGUUUAACACUACCUAA